UUAGUUGCUUGUCUAUAAGCAAAGUGAUUAAGAUAGGCUACUUUUAUUUGUUCUUGAGAAUACAUUUCUUCAACGGCUAAGAAAUCGGGUGUUCGAAAGUAAUGGCUGGAAAGUGGACAAUAGUUGGUAUUUCUGGAUGUACGAAUUCAGGUAAAACAACUUUAUCGAAAUUUUUGAGUAGCAGCUUUCCUGGCAGCGUUGUUAUAAACCAAGAUCAUUAUUUUCGCAGUGAUGACAGUCCUGAACAUAUUAUAAUCCCGGAACUAAAUCAUAAAAAUUGGGAACGAUUAGAAGCUGUUGAUUGGGAAGCCAUGAUGGAAACGCUUGAUAAAACACUUCAAACACCACCUCAAAAUAUUCCUUCGCUUCUAAUCAUAGAGGGGCAUAUAAUAUUUAAUUAUCCUGGGUUCAGAAAAUUAUUUCACAAGAAAUAUUUUCUAAAUAUGAAUAAAGAAGAAUGUUAUAAACGACGAGUGCACAGAGUGUAUACACCACCAGACAUACCUGGAUAUUUUGAAAAAUGUGUGUGGCCGAUGUACUUAUCUAAUUUAGAAGAAAUAAAGAAGAACUGCGAGAAUAUAAUUUUUUUAGAUGGCACUGGAUACAUAAAAACUAUACACGAGACAGUGUUGAAAGACUUACAAAAAUAUUUUAGACAAUGAUUAUUUUCAAAAAUAAAUUUUCAUAUGGAAUUUAAUUAAGAUCAUGUAUUAUUCAAUGAAAAGAAAACUUUUGUGACACUAACGUUUAGAAAAUUU